UGCGCGCGUAGUGUGCGCAUUACGAGUCUCUCUGAAGGUUGCAUCACUACACGUGAAGUUGGGCUGUUUGCGUUUCUUCUAGAUUUUCAUAAAUUCGAUCGACAAAACGCGUAAAAAUCAAAAUGUUGGCUGCUGCUAGAUUAUUAUCUCGUACCUGUACUGGUAUUACCUGCGAUGUCACAAGGAAACAGCAAUUUAGUACAAUCCUUAAAAAUGCUGCAGCACCUGCAUUUAUCACGCCACAACGGCCUACAGACCUACAUCAGUAUCGAUACAAAUCCGAAGGUGUCAAAGGCGCGGUUAUUGGUAUUGAUCUUGGAACAACAUUUUCAUGUGUAGCUGUUAUGGAAGGAAAACAAGCAAAAGUUAUAGAAAAUUCAGAAGGAUCGAGAACAACUCCGUCUUAUGUGGCAUUCACUAAAGAUGGAGAACGUUUAAUUGGUAUGCCAGCUAAGCGUCAAGCAGUUACGAAUUCAGCAAACACAUUUUACGCUACGAAACGAUUAAUUGGACGAAAAUUUGACGACCCAGAAGUAAAGAAGGAUAUGAAAACAGUUUCAUACAAAAUUGUACGAGCUUCUAACGGGGAUGCGUGGGUGCAGGGAGGUGAUGGUAAAAUGUAUUCUCCUAGUCAAAUCGGUGCAUUUGUACUCAUGAAAAUGAAGGAAACAGCCGAAUCGUAUUUAAGUACAUCAGUAAAAAAUGCCGUAAUUACUGUUCCCGCGUAUUUCAACGAUUCCCAAAGACAAGCUACCAAGGAUGCUGGUCAAAUUGCCGGACUUAAUGUACUUAGAGUAAUCAACGAACCAACAGCAGCCGCCCUUGCAUAUGGCAUGGAUAAAACGGAAGAUAAAAUUAUUGCAGUGUACGAUUUAGGUGGCGGUACUUUCGAUAUUUCAAUUUUGGAAAUCCAGAAAGGAGUGUUCGAAGUUAAAUCCACGAACGGAGAUACGUUCUUAGGAGGAGAAGACUUUGACAAUGCAUUAGUCACCUAUCUUGCGGCGGAAUUCAAAAAAGACCAAGGUAUUGAUGUCGCAAAAGAUCCAAUGGCUAUGCAGCGAUUGAAAGAAGCAGCUGAAAAGGCGAAAAUUGAAUUGUCGAGUUCUUUGCAAACCGACAUUAAUUUGCCUUAUCUUACUAUGGAUUCAAGUGGACCAAAGCACUUAAACCUUAAGCUUUCAAGGAGUAAAUUUGAAAGCCUCGUUUCCGAUUUAAUUAAACGUACCAUUCAGCCAUGCCAGAAAGCACUUUCUGAUGCUGAAGUAACAAAGUCUGAUAUCGGUGAAGUAUUGCUGGUUGGUGGUAUGACAAGAGUACCUAAAGUUCAGCAGACUGUGCAGGACAUCUUCGGUCGUCAACCAUCGAAAGCCGUAAAUCCUGAUGAAGCUGUAGCCGUUGGUGCUGCGGUUCAAGGUGGUGUACUUGCUGGUGAUGUAACGGACGUGCUUCUUUUGGACGUUACUCCUCUGUCACUUGGUAUUGAAACGUUGGGCGGUGUUUUCACGAGAUUAAUUUCCCGAAACACGACUAUUCCCACUAAGAAAAGUCAGGUAUUCUCUACAGCGGCUGACGGCCAAACCCAAGUCGAAAUUAAAGUACAUCAGGGUGAACGAGAAAUGGCUUCUGACAAUAAACUUUUAGGACAAUUUACUUUAGUCGGAAUUCCGCCUGCACCCAGAGGAGUACCACAGAUAGAAGUCACGUUUGAUAUUGAUGCCAAUGGUAUCGUGCAUGUAUCCGCUAGAGAUAAGGGAACCGGCAAAGAACAGCAAAUUGUUAUUCAAUCAAGCGGUGGUCUUAGUAAGGAUGAUAUUGAAAACAUGGUGAAGAGCGCUGAACAGUAUGCCAAGCAAGAUAAGAUUAAGAAGGACCGAGUUGAAGCCGUAAAUCAAGCCGAGGGUAUUAUUCACGACACAGAAUCAAAAUUAGAAGAAUUCAAAGCGCAAUUACCACAAGACGAAUGUGAUAAGUUGAGGGAAUUGGUUGCAAAAAUGCGAGAAACACUGGCUAAGAAAGACGACAUGGAACCAGAAGAAAUUAAGAGACAGACAAACGAACUUCAACAAGCAAGUCUCAAGUUGUUCGAAAUGGCAUAUAAGAAGAUGGCGGCAGAACGGGAGGGACAAAGCCAAAGUCAAAGCCAGAGCCAGAGCCAAGAAGAUGGACCUGAAAAGAAAGAGGAGAAAAAUUAAUUAUAUUUAUACAGUAUAUGUUUAAACAAAACAAAAUUAAUUGCACACAGCUGUAGGACUACGAAUCAGUAAUCCUGCGCGCUCAAAUAAAGCGCAUCGUCAUGUAUCGUAUACAACAAAAUUGUAACAAAACAACGAUACAUUUGUAGAAUCUUUAUUUUUGAGCAUGCGUGAUCAGGUGUAGUCAACGUUAAUUUAAAUUUGAAUCGUGAAAUUUAAGAUUUGUUCAUAACUUAGAAUGCUUUAUAAUUGUAUAAAGCGUAUUUAAAAACGUGCGUAAAGAAUAGUUCAAGUAAAAACCUUUUGUUUCUUUCUGUAUUAAUGAAUAAUUUAGAAAUGUUGAAUAUAUAAAUGAGAAACUUCGCACAGAAGUGUUCUACAUGAUAUAUAUUACCCACUUAAUCGAACUUUCGUAAAAGCAGAUCUAAUUGUAAAUUCUGUAUAUAACCGACUUAUAUUGUGGCAUUUUCUGCUAACAGCUUUUGUAUCAUUAUAUGCAAGAAGUGUUAAGGACAUGACGAUUUUAAACAUUUGGCAUUACAAAAACCGACGGAAAUUGGUAGCUCAAUAUUUAAUACUAUAAUUAUGAAAUUUUGUAACUACAGAACUUUUUGUUAAUUCAUUCGGUGUGCGUGUGGAAGGAUAUUAGAAGUACGAGAGAAUGUGAUGAAUGUUCAAUGCAAAACAAAUUAUUCCUUAAACAAAUAUGCGACAUGUAGAUUAUUUUAGGAUAUAUUGUAUUAUGAUAUAACCAUGUUAUUAAAAUUUUUUAUUCGAAUUAAUAAGCUC